AUGCCCUCCGAUGAUUAUCAAGUGAUAAUUAAACCAGAUAAGAUGCCAGCAGGUGAACAUGAGGGAAGAUUCAAUGCCCCAACUAUAAAUGAGGUUGCUAUUGUAAUGGUUGGAACUGAAUUUGAAAGUCGUGACAUCAUAAUCCAAAAAAGAGAUGCAUCAUUAAAACGUGUCACUGAGACUCACAGAUCGUAUGAUGCCCUCCAAUAUCCGAUUUUAUUUCCAAAAGGGGAGGAUGAUUUCAUCUAUCGAUUGAUGAUAAGAGAAAAUGCGGAAAAUCAUCUACUGAAAUUUCAACGAUUAUUUCAACAAUAUUUGGUCGAUAUGUAUGCAAAAAUCGAAAGUGAACGAUUGUUGUACAUAAGACUGAAUCAAAAGAAGUUGCGUGUAGAUAACUAUAUCCACUUAAGAGAUGCUAUUGCCAAAGAUGGGAAAACAGCAAAUUUAGGACAAAUGGUUAUACUCCCAUCAACUUUCACUGGAAGUCCAAGGCAUAUGCAUGAAUAUGCUCAAGACGGGAUGACAUAUAUUCGAAAAUACGGACGUCCAGAUUUGUUCAUCACAUUUACAUGUAAUCCAAAUUGGACUGAGAUAACUGAAUUGUUGCAACCAGGACAAUCCUCAGCUCAUCGCCCUGACAUAGUAGCUAGAGUGUUCAAACAAAAAUUGGACAUUCUAUUGAAAUUAAUCACGAAAUAUCAUAUUUACGGGAAAACGAGAUGUUGGAUGUACACCAUAGAAUGGCAGAAAAGAGGACUACCACAUGCUCAUAUACUGAUUUGGUUUGAAGAUAAACUGAAACCUGACCAAAUAGACAAUAUAAUAUCAGCUGAGAUUCCAGAUCCAUCAAUUGACAAAGUACUUCACGACAUUGUAUGCAAGCAUAUGAUUCAUGGACCAUGUGGAUCGUUGAAUAAAUCUUCACCAUGCAUGAAAGAUGGAUUCUGUACAAAGAGAUAUCCUCGCGAAAUGAUUCAAGAAACACAAACAGGAGUUGAUAGCUAUCCAUUGUACAGAAGAAGAUCACCUGACGAUGGAGGUCACGAAACAAUAAUAAGAAAGAAAAACACAGCAAUUGAGAUUGAUAAUGGAUGGGUUGUACCGUAUUCGCCUUUCUUUCAAAAAUUGUUGGAGCACACAUCAACGUUGAGUCCAGAUAUGGCAGCUUUUGGAUUUGCAAAAAACGAUGAUUCAUAUGAUGAAAUUCAAGAAUACCAAAUGGGUCGUUAUAUUAGUAGCAAUGAAGCAGUUUGGAAAAUUCUGGGCUUCUACGUUCAUGAGCGUUAUCCAUCUGUUGUUCAAUUAGCAGUACAUUUAGAGAAUGGUCAAAGAGU